AUGGAAGUGCGAUUGAUGCAGUUUUCAAUGUGUUUGCGCUCAGUAUUUUAUUUGUCAUUCAUGCUCAGUAUGUUUCAUAGAGUAUAUUGCUACUGGGUAGUAUUCUCCUUCAUCUGUGGGCAGCUACGCAGCCGAAUGACGGCAAAGAUUGUCAAAAAUGACUCAGAAGUCAGAAAACGACCAUUUGCCAAAUUGUCAACUUCAGCAUCAAGGGAUAAUUUGAAAAGAGUGUGGAUGGCAGAACAAAAAACUGACGCCUACAAGAAAAAGCAAGAAGAACUUAGAGUGCAGUAUGAAAAAGAACAAGAAUUACACGAAAACAAAGCAUUGCUGAGUAAAGAUAGCAAAGAUAAAUUAAGCUUAAAUUUUAUGUAUGAGCCUCCACCGGGAGUUAAAAAAGAGAGAGAACGUGAAGACAAUGAACCUGAAUAUAAGUUUGAAUGGCAACGUAAAUAUAAUGCUCCAAGAGAGAGUUAUUGUAAAGGUGACAAUGAAAUAAGAGAUCAACCAUUUGGAAUAUUGGUUAGAAAUGUAAGAUGUAUCAAAUGCCAUAAAUGGGGGCAUAUCAACACAGACAAAGAAUGUUUGAUGUAUUCACUUUCAAUGAGUGAAGCAAGAGCUUUACAAGCUAGUUCAGCUAGUGCACCAGAGGAAGAGGAAGAGAAACCAGAUGUUCCAACAUUAAUGCAACAAAUGAGAGACACAGGUCUUGUAAUGAAACCAGGUGCUAUGCCUCUCACAGCCAAUAAAAUUGUGGAUAAUGACACAUCACUCACAGAAACUGAUCUUAUAAGUCAGUUAACAAAGAAACAAAAGAAAAAGCUUUUGAAGAAAUUGGAGAAAUUGGAGAAGAAGAAAGAGAAAAAAAAUAAACACAAAUCCAAGCAU